UACAAUUCCAUACUAUAUUAUAUAUACCCACAAGUUGUUCCUUCCAUUUUCACCAGUUUUUAUAUAUAAAGAAAGAAGAAGAAAUGGCAGUGCUGAAUGGCUCAAAUGCCAAGCUGUUUUCGACACCCAAUUGCUUCCUCUUCUUAUUCUUCUUCUUCUAUCUGAUUUUGCUUCUUUCAGUUCUGCUUCCUUUUUCACAGCUUGUACUUUCUUACUCUUCUGCGGUUAAGUUUGUCCCUGGAUUUGAUGGACCCCUUCCUUUUGAGCUCGAAACAGGUUAUGUGGGAGUGGAUGAGUCAGAGGAUGUGCAGUUGUUCUACUACUUUGCCAAGUCGGAUUUGAACCCAAGAGAGGAUCCGCUCGUCCUUUGGCUAACUGGAGGCCCUGGCUGCUCUUCCUUCACUGGUUUUGCUUAUGAAGUAGGUCCGUUGAACUUCAAGGCCGCGCCAGAUGAUGGGAGCCUGCCCACGGUAGUUACGAAUCCAAACUCCUGGACCAAGGGGGCGAGCAUGAUAUUUGUAGAUUUGCCGGUUGGUACUGGAUUCUCCUACCCAAGAACAUCGGCGGCUGCUCACUCUACAGACUUGCAAACAUGUGCCCAAGCCUAUGAAUUUAUGAGAAAGUGGUUGAUUGAUCAUCCAGAAUUUCUCUCAAACCCGUUUUACGUAGCUGGAGACUCGUACUCAGGCAUUACAGUUCCAAUCGUUGCUCAUCUAAUUUCAGAUGGAAAUGAAGUAGGCAACAAGCCAUUCAUAAAUCUCAAGGGAUACGUACUUGGCAACCCUGUAACGUUUCUCCUUGGGGACGGAAAUUAUGCUAUUCCAUUUGCUCAUGGAAUGGGACUAAUUUCUGAUGAACUCUAUGAGUCACUGCAAAGGAAUUGUGAGGGAGAGUACAUGAAUGUAGAUCCAAGCAAUGCUGAGUGCUCUAAUGAUGUUGAGGCUUAUUCUCAGUGUAUCAGUGGAAUUCAAGCAGCACAAAUUUUGGAACCUCUAUGUGGAUUUGCUUCUCCGAAACCACACCAGUUCUUUGGUGAAAGAAGAUCUCUUUAUGAUGAAAACGCGGAGCUCCUCCUUCCUGAACAAUCGCCUUGUGCAUCUAAUCGGGUUGAUGGAUAUCAGCUUUCCUAUCGUUGGCUUGAUGAUGAUGGCGUCCGAGAAGCACUCUGUGUUAAAAAGGGCAGCAUAGGGCCGUGGAUAAGAUGCAACUUUACCUUGCCUUACACUUCUACAAUCACAGACAGUUACCAGUAUCAUGUAAAACUCAGCAUUAAAGGUUACAGGUCUCUCAUAUACAGCGGUGAUCAUGACCUGAUUGUUCCAUUUUUGGGAACUCAAGCAUGGAUUAAAUCACUGAACUACUCCAUUGUUGACGACUGGAGGCCAUGGACUGUCGAAGGCCAGGUUGCCGGUUACACAAGGAGCUAUUCCAAUGGGAUGACAUACGCCACGGUUAAGGGAGGCGGACACACCGCUGCAGAGUACAAACCUUUUGAAUGUUCAACUAUGUUCGAAAGAUGGAUAUCUCAUAAACCUCUAUGAAUUAUUUUUUAUUUUUUAUUUUUUAAAAGGGAAAUACACCUCUACGAUCGAUCUUCAUCUUUUCCAAAAGGCUAAGAAAUUCGCCCGCAAUCUCAAAGUUGGAAAAACCCAUUCUGGGUUAUAUGGUUGUUCGUUGAUAUAUUAUGCUUCAAUAACAACUCGACCAAUAGAAAUGAUAUUCAUCACUGUAUGGAUUCGUAGAAUAUUUCUAAACCUUACUGAAAUGUGAAAUGUUAUUUUCCUGUUUUCUAAAGUGAAGGACAUCAAAUGUGCUUUGUGAUUUGGUUCCAGGCGAAUCAGCUUCUUAUAGCAGUAGAUUGAAUGUAUAGAAUUUCUUGCCUUCAUGUUUGCCUGUAAACUGUUUUUUAUUUUUAUUUUAUGGAGACGGUUUGUCUGCCGUUGGGACUGUAGACUGCACCCCAUGCAGUCCGGCCAAC